GUCACCCUCAGAGCCGCGUCGUUACCCGCAGUCAUGGAGUCGUUUACGGUCAAGGCCUAUCUCCUGGGCAAGGAGGACGCGACGCGCGAGAUUCGCCGCUUCACCUUCUGCCUCAGCCCGGAGCCCGAGGCUGAGGUGGAGGUGGCCGCCGGACCCCGGCCGUGCGAGCGGCUGCUGGAGCGGGUGGCGGCCCUGUUCCCUGCACUGCGGCCCGGCGGCUUCCUGGCGCACUACCGCGAUGAGGACGGGGACUUGGUUGCCUUCUCCAGUGAUGAGGAACUGACCAUGGCGAUGUCCUACGUGAAGGAUGACAUCUUCCGGAUUUAUAUCAAAGAGAAGAAGGAGUGCCGACGGGAGCACCGCCCUCCCUGUGCUCAGGAGGCGCCCCGCAGCAUGGUGCACCCCAACGUCAUCUGCGAUGGCUGUGACGGGCCAGUGGUGGGGGUGCGCUACAAGUGUAGUGUGUGCCCCAACUACGACCUGUGCGCUGCCUGCGAGGGAAAGGGCCUGCACCGCCAGCACAGCAAGCUGGUCUUCCCCAACCCCUUCAGCCACGGCCACUUGUCUGAGGGCUUGUCGCACAGCCGCUGGCUCCGCAAGCUGAAGCACGGCCAUUUCGGAUGGGCUGGCUGGGACCUGGUGCCACCAGGGAACUGGAGCCCUCGGCCCCCACGCGCCGGGGAUGCCUGUGCCAGCCCGAGCUCCAGCCCCAGCCCUGCGGCAGACACGGCUUCUGGCCCAUCGGAGGAUCCCAGUGUGAAUUUCCUCAAGAACGUGGGGGAGAGUGUGGCUGCUGCCCUCAGCCCUCUGGGUAUUGAAGUUGACAUUGACGUGGAGCAUGGGGGGAAGAGAAGCCGCCUGACUCCUGUCUCGGGCACCUCCAGCGCUGAGGACAAGUGUGGCUCGCAGCCCAGCAGUUGCUCCUCUGACCCCAGCAAACAAGCCAGGGAUUCGGAGAGUGUCACUCAGUCCCUGGUGGAGCAGAUGAAUAAAAUAGCCCUGGAGUCCGGGGCACAGCCUGAGGAGCAGAUGGAGUCUGACAACUGCUCCGGAGGAGAUGACGACUGGACUCACUUGUCUUCAAAAGAAGUGGACCCAUCCACAGGGGAACUCCAGUCUCUGCAGAUGCCUGGAUCUGAGGGGCCAAGCUCUCUGGACCCUUCCCAGGGCGGCCCCACAGGGCUGAAGGAAGCCGCCCUGUACCCGCACCUUCCCCCAGAAGCUGACCCCCGGCUGAUUGAGUCCCUCUCCCAGAUGUUGUCCAUGGGCUUCUCGGAUGAGGGCGGCUGGCUCACCAGGCUCCUGCAGACCAAGAACUAUGACAUUGGGGCGGCCCUGGACACCAUCCAGUACUCAAAGCACUCGCCGCCCCUGUGAAGAAGCUUCACUGGCCUCAACUGCCCUCUUUCUUGCCUCAUAGUUGUGUUGAACUAGUGUAGAACCCCAGGGCUUUUGUAAUCACCAGUUUUUCUGCAUUCUUCCAGAUCUGGGGGGUGGGGAUGCAUGAUGCCACUUUGGGCACUCGAGGGGCUCAGUCCAUCUUGGCUGAUGUUGCAGACAGCAAGUCCCCUCAGUGCCCUGGCCCGGAGGCUGAGGGAGACUCCUUGCGGGGGAAGCUGCGAGGUUCAGGUGCAAUGCUCCUGUCAGGUUGUCCCCCGCCAGGUCACUCACCAGCAGUGCACAGUAGAUCUUGCCAACAGCCUUUGCCUUUCCUUCUGUGUUUUGAAUGACUAGUAUGCUGGUUGACAUGCACUUAAGAUUCUCUGGAGAGUGGAAGUGUCCGCAUUUAGCUGCUGCCUGUUCAUAACCACCAUGGCACUCUCAUUUCCUAGUGUGUCAACUGCUUUCAAAGUCAAAAUCCUGUUAUAGCCACUGUUACUGUAUUUGUUAACAAUUUAAUUACACAAUAUAAGCACUUUAGUCAAGA